UUUGUCCCUACGUGUAAUACCAUUUAGCAAACUGUACAUGAGAAAAGCAUAGCCACCUUGAAAAAAGUCGUGGAUUUCAAAGAAAAUGCAAUUAACGUGAGUGCUUUAUGUAUGCCAAUUUUGUCCCUACGUAUAAUACCAUUUAGCAAACUGUACACGAGAAAAGCACAAUCAACCUGAAAAAAAUUGUGGAUUUCAAAGAAAUGCAAUUAACGUGAGUGCUUUAUGUAUGCUAAUUUUGUCCGUACGUAUAAUACCAUUUAGCAAACUGUACGUGAGAAAAGCACAAUGACCCUGAAAAAAGUUGUGGAUUUCAAAGAAAAUGCAAUUAACGUGAAUGGUUUAUGUAUUCCAAUUUUGUUCCUAAAUUUGUAUAUAAAUACCAUUUCUUGUUUAUGAGGUUGCAUUAUCUUUCUCAUCUUCUUUUAAAUCCUAAGUAAUAGUUUUAUCUAUGUGUUUUUGUGCCCUAUUAUUUUAGAUUGGUUUUAGCCAUAAGAACUUUUUAGGGGAAGGGUUGUUUGUCAGAUGAAUUUGAUGUUUGGUUUUCCUUAUGUAUCAAGAAACAUUUUUGUCUCUAAAUUGAAGGUUUUUGUUCUUAAUCUAGUAAAUGUGUGUGUUUUUGCCUCUUUUUGUGCCCUAUUAUAUUAGAUUGAUUUUUUCUUGUUAAAAGUAAGAACUUUUUAGGGGAAGUGUUGUUUGUAAGAUAAAUUUGAUGCCUGGUUUUCCUUAUGUAUCAAGAUGCUUUUUGCAUCCAAAUAGAAACUUUUUGUUCUUAAUCUAGUAAAUCUGUGUGUUUUUGCCUCUUUUUCUGCCUUAUUAUAUUAGAUUGAUUUUAUCUUGAUAACAACAAGAACUUUUUUAGGGGAAGAGUUGUUUGUUAGAUAAAUUUGAUGUCUGGUUUUCCUUAUGUAUCAAGAUGCAUUUUUUGUCUCUAAAUUGAAGCCUUUUGUUCUUAAUCUAGUAAAUCAGUGUGUUUCUGCCUAUUUUUGUGCCCUAAUAUAUUAGAUUGAAUUUAUCUUGUUAACAAUAAGAACUUUUUAGGGGAAGGGUUGUUUGUUAGAUAAAUUGCUUUGUCAUAAAUUUCUGAAUAUGAAUAAUACAUCAGCCUCAAUUAUGAUGUCAAUUAUAGAAGUAGGUAAACGUUUUGUCAAUUUUAGGAACUAGAAAACUGCUUUGAAGAAACACUUUGCUCUUUUUGAAUCACGAAGACAUACUGGCAUACAUUGGACCCCCAAUUAACUGGACCGGGCAGAGAAGAGGGAAUAGGUGGGUCAACUGUAAUCUUAAAGUCUCUUGCUUUAUGUCCAGGUUCAUUUGUUGUUGGAAGAUGUCGUCGCUUUACAAAAAUGUGAUGGACCUGGAUCCGUAGAAACAUUUCAUUAUUUAGAUAUAAAAGUAAUCAUUUGAAGGACGAUUUUAAAGUACAAUAUGUUUUUUCUCUUAAUAAUGCAAUGAGGUUGGUCCAAUUUUAAAACUAUAUUAAGAAGAACAUCAUUUCUUAGAUUCUUUUCUUCAAUUUUACUUUCCUAAUCUAAAUCUUAAACUUUAUCAUAAAGUUAAUAAUUUAGUCAAAUGCAUGAAAUAUGAAAUAUUCAAUAACUUAAACUGUCUCCGCCCAUCUUUUCCUUUGUUUUUGUUUAAUUGUUUUAGGAGGAUGCUUGCAUGUGUUUGUCAACUAUACUUGUUGAGAGUUGAAAUAGCAAGGAUCUAGAAAGACUUAAAAUAAAGAUACUUCAUAAGCUUCUUCGUUUGUCUCUCCUCCCUUCUUGCUACACAUCCAGGUUCAUCGUUGUUGCUCUAGAAGAAUGUGAUGUUCCUUCAUCCGUACGCUCAGCCUUCAACUUCUUAGCAGCCUGAUCUGGGAAUGACUUAUGGGAGAUUUGGAUUUGUUAUUAUGAGGAGCUAGUUGAAUUUCUUUGGCUGCAGCAUUGUCACUCCUUUUAAAAUGAAACCUUGCCAAGCAAUGUUGAUGUAUACAUUUCAUAGAAAUAACAUAAUUGGAUGUGUGCAAUGCAUGGUUCGUCAAGCAAAUAACUUUCAUAAUGUGGUCAGGAGUUGAAACUUCUAUAGUAUUCAAAUCUCCCAGUGAGCCAUCCUCAGACCAGGCUGCUAGGGGUGGAAGGUUGAGCGUACGUAUGAAGGUUCAUCAUUCUUGUAGACGAUGACAUUUUCUAGCAGCAGCGAUGAAACUAGACAUGUAGCAAGGUAGGAGAAGAAACGAAUGAAGAAGCUAAUGAAUUACCUUUGUUUUAUGCCUUUCUAAAUCUUUGUUAUUUCAACUCUCAACAAGUACAGUUGACAAACACAUACGUGCAAGCAAACCUUGGAACAGUUUAAUAGAAAUAAAGGAAAGGGUGGAGAGAGGCAGUUUAUGCUAUUGAAUACUUGAUAUUUUCUGCAUUAUACUAAAUUUUAAACUUUAUGAUGAGUUCAUAAUUUAGAUUAUGAAUGUAAAUUCUGCAGAAAAAAAUCUAAGAAAUGAUGUUCUUUUAAAUAUAGUGGAAAAUUGGAAUAACCUUAUUGUAAUAUCUAGUACUUUCUAUAGUUCUGCGAAUGAUUACUUUUAUAUUUAGGAAUGAUGUUUCUCUUUGCUACACGUCUAUAUUUAUUGCCACUGCUGGAAGAUGUCAUCGCUCAGCCUUAUUUUUGGGAGAUUUGGAUUUGUUAUUAUCAGGAGCUAGUUGAGGAUCUUUAGUUGCAAUACAAGGUUCGUCAAGCUGAUAUAGCUUAUAGAGAUCUUUCCCUUUUUGCUGCGUGCCUUAUUUACUGACAAACAAGCCUCCAUUUUCAGAAUGUGGUUGGGAGUUGCUCUUUCAUUUGCUUUUUAUUGAAAAAAAAAUAAUAGGCAUGAAUAGUUAAUACUUCAUUUCAAGUUAUUUACAGUUCCUUUCUAGCAUUUUUGUUGAUAGGGGAUUUCUUUAUAUGGUAAAUUUGAAAACAAUUAAAAGUCAAGCACCGAUGUAUGUGAACAAUAAAUCAACAAAUUAGUUUUAUGUUUGUACUGAAGUUCUUUUUUUUUUUUUUUCGUUUUGUAUUAUUAAUGAACUUCAUAAAUAAAACCCAGUAAAAGAAGAAUGUCCAUGCAAUUUUGGUGGGCGUUUGAUAUGUUUGCUGAAUGUAUUCCGUGUUAAUUGUACAAUCAAUAAUGAUUCAGUUUUCAGUAAAAUUUUCUAAUGCAUCAGCAGACUACUGGGACACUUCACGUAAUGCAAAAACAAAGUCAUUAAAAGUACUAUGUUUUCUUAUGAGCUUUGGGAUAAGAUAGUGCCUUGGUUGCAUUAUUGCUUCAUCUCGUCAUAUAAGGAAAAAGAAGAAGUUAGAAUAGUCAAGCCGGUUCACUUGGUCAAGUAAGGCACCGGUGCAGGUCACAGCUUUGUUUAGGGAACGGGUUGUGACAUGUGCUACCCUUGUAUGGCAGCAAAGAGAUGCAAAAGAAUGCCCAAAUUUUCACGCUUGCUCUGUUCCUCACACCUUGGCUGCUUGAUCUUCAAAUAACAGUCCAUUUCUAGGGACGGUGAUACGGAAUGCUGUGACUAUACUCAGUAGCUACAAGAUUAAAUCCACAAGCGCUUAAUUCCUUGCUACAAUACAGUUGAGUUGCUACAAUAGUAUGGCCUUAAAGCCAAUGUAUAACACUAUCUCAGAUGCUGAGUCUGUCAAUCUUGAGAUAUCAGGGAAGCAUGGGAUGAUACAACAUAAUCAUUAUGUGUGUGGUCUUUCCACCUGUUCAUGAAAACUGUUUACAAGAAAGGCAACUUAUGUGUACAUGCAUUGAAUCAGGAGCUGAAGAUCGUGAUAAAAGAUGGCAGUCUUCAGUUGGUGAAUCAGGAGCUGAGGCACUGAGUUUCACCUCAAACACCAAAGAAAUCAAUUUCCCUAAAGCCUGUAAAAGACAACGUAAACAACGUAAAAGGAAGUACUUUCUAUCACAAGAAGAGGGGGAACCAACUGAUGAUCCGACUCCUUCAACAAUGACCAUGCAACAUAAUUUAACUCCAAAAGGAGUGCACGAAAAUAAAGGGGUCAGGGUUGAUGUGCAUGGCUAUAAAGUAAAAGUGAGCAGUGGUCCCAUACUCACUGCCAUUUUUGCCAAGUAUGGUGACAUUGCAGUCAAUUGUCACUAUAAAUCACUGGCUUUCAGAGCUUCCGUUCUUGAUAUAGUUUGUGAUGUUGUAAGGAGGCUGAAAACCGGUGACUUUGGCUCCACUUCCAUCGAUAAUAUGAGAAUUUUGGUUUCUGCUGCAGCGAGGGUCAAACUUGAUGUAACUUGGCUGCAGCAGUAUCUGGAUGAGAUUUCAGAAGAGGGAUAUAUGGAGAAGAAGUUAUCGGAUUUGAUGGAGUUGAGCAAGACUACCAUGCUAGUGUCUAUAGCAGCUAAAAAGGACAUGAUAGGAAGGAAUAGGAAGGUCUUCACUGCAGAGGAACGGCUCAAAAAGGCUGAAAAGCGCUUGCAAAAGGCCCGAAGCCGAGCAGGACAGGUGGAAAGGUCUGUCAAAGUGCUUGAAACAGUGCGUAAAAAAGUUCAGCAGGACAUAAAGGAGGUCGAGGAUCAAGCACAGUAUCGACUUAAUAGGUUAAAUGAGCUUCUGUAGAGCUGUUUUAUCCUUGCUAUUUUUCUUGAACACUAUUACCGAAUAAAUCUAAAACAUGCAUUAGAUCAACUUUUUAAAUUUGAAAUCUGGAAUGAUGUAUACAAGUAAGUCUGUCCGUCUAAAACAUGUAUUAGAUCAACUUCUUAAAUUUGAUUUAUAGAAUGAUAUAUACAAGUAAGUCUGUCCGUGUGGAUGCGGAUAGUCUUAUUUAUUGAA